AUGGCCGACCCUCCGAUUCCUUACGCCCUACGCCGCUGCGAUAGACACGCCUCGCGGAAGCGUCACUGCACUGUUGCCGCCGACUCCAGCUCUCCUGCGUCAUCAGAUCCUGCGCUGUUGUCGGCUGGCCGAGUCGAUUGGGAUCCAUUGACUAGCCAGGGGAGACUCGCUUCAAUCGUCGCCAGAGAGGAGGCCUGUUCGCAUCAACCUCGUCAGCAUGCUUUUGACGCAGUUCUUGAGCAUGGGGUCGGGGCCUGGGCGAGCUGUCGAAGAUGCAGUGCAACACGCUUGGCUCAACCUCGACUUCGACUUGGACGCCAAUCCUUCCGUGGACAACGAGGCAGGAUCAGUCAUUUCCGCCAGCCACCAAAUCCGCCUGCCCUCGCAACUCCAUUUCCCCAGCAUCACCACCGUCAGACGCCCCUCGACACACUCCUCCUAAGCCCAUCAAAUCCGCAGCUCAACAGCUCCAAUCCACACACAAUAGACUUCGCAUACCUCCAGCUAUCCCCAAAAGUUGUCGAGUGGCUCGUCCACAUCGACCUGUUCCUCUUCUGCUGGCUCAUGGUCUUCGUCGUCGUUUGCCUCCCCCGCCUCGACCUUGAAGCUCUCCUGGACUAUGCCGAGCCCAUCGCUGCGCUGGCUGAGAUUGCGUGUUCCGCGAGCCUGUGGCUUCCCCGGCCGGUUGAAGGGGUGAACGACAGGAAUGCAAGAGUAGUACGGUCAAUUCUAGGCUGUGGGAGUCGGAUGUGCCUGGUGUCUCCCGGCUUCCUGGCUCUCCUGGCCGAUGGAAAGGGUUGCGCUCUACAAUGUCGAAAGCUACGCUGCCUACAUCACGCCUCGCUCCUCUCGCUCUUCUCCUCUGAUCUCGAGCUGUCGCCGCCGAACCCUCGCAAGUCAGCGUCCGUCGGGGCCGGUUCGGGAGCACAAGUGGAAGGGUUGGGGCUGGUCAGAGCGUGGCAAACUUCGGUUACUGUUGGCCUCGCUGCUGCUGGCCUGGCGGCAUCUAGCUGGCUUCGGGGUGGGAUGGGUCUUGGCAUUUUGAACGGCUGA